AUGACAGUCACUUAUUCCAGCAAAGUAGCAAAUGCCACUUUCUUUGGAUUUCACAGAUUACUCCUAAGGUGGAAAGGCAGCAUCUACAAAUUGCUGUACAGAGAAUUUAUUGUUUUUGCUACUCUUUACACAGCGAUAAGUGUAUUAUACAGAUUUUUUCUUACAGGUAGCCAAAAACGGUUCUUUGAAAAAUUAUCAAUUUACUGUGACAAAUAUGCUGAACAAAUCCCGGUAACUUUUGUGCUUGGUUUCUACGUUACUUUGGUGGUGAAUCGCUGGUGGAACCAGUUUGUGAACUUGCCAUGGCCAGAUCGUCUGAUGUUCCUCAUCUCUAGCUGUGUCCAGGGCAGAGAUGAAUAUGGGCGCUUGUUAAGGAGGACUCUCAUGCGUUAUGUGAAUUUAACGUCUCUGCUGAUCUUUCGCUCUGUGAGCACAGCUGUGUACAAAAGGUUCCCCACCAUGGACCAUGUGGUAGGAGCAGGUUUUAUGACAAGAUAUGAAAGAAAACUUUUUGAUGAACUUAAGUCUCCCCACUUGAAAUACUGGGUACCAUUUGUGUGGUUUGGAAAUUUGGCAUCAAAGGCACGAAAAGAGGGAAGAAUUCGAGACAGUGUAGAUCUGCAGACACUGAUGAAUGAGAUGAAUAAAUACCGGUCUUGGUGUAGUCUUUUGUUUGGUUAUGAUUGGGUUGGAAUUCCACUGGUCUAUACCCAGGUUGUUACUCUCGCAGUCUAUACUUUUUUCUUUGCCUGCCUGAUAGGGCGCCAAUUUUUGGAUACUGACCAAGGGUAUCAGGGCCAUGACUUAGACAUUUACAUUCCAAUCUUCACACUGUUACAGUUCUUCUUCUACGCAGGAUGGCUCAAGGUUGCUGAACAGCUUAUUAAUCCAUUUGGAGAAGAUGAUGAUGAUUUUGAAACUAAUUGGUGCAUCGAUAGAAAUUUACAGGUCUCACUUCUGGCGGUGGAUGAGAUGCACAUGAACUUGCCAAGGAUGGAGAAAGAUAUUUACUGGAAUGAUUCCUCUGCUCGGCCUCCCUACACAAAAGCAGCUGCUGAUUACUGUAUUCCUUCAUUUCUUGGAUCGACUAUUGAAAUGGGGCUGGCUGAUACCGAAUUCCUCUACGGGGAAGAGUGGCCCUGGGAAGAGGAGAAACAUGGAAGACAGUAUUCAGUGUUAAGAAGAGUAAAGAGGUUUCUCAGUGUCCACGAAGGUCCUUCAUACCCCACUCACCGGCGCUACAGUCGGCAGACAAGUGAGAAUUCAGUGUUUUUCCCAGCAGACGAAAAGGGGCACAUCAGACAGCUGCAGGAAAUGCACAAAAGAGGGAGGCACUCUGCCUCGAGCUUCAAGAAGAAACAUGAAGGAGUUGACAGAAGUAACAGACUUCAUAAUAGCCGAGAUCUAGGACCCAUAACUGAAACCUCAAGGAAUGAGGCUCAGUUUGGUGACAGCGACACCUCAUCUGAGACAAACAAGCCAAUUCCUGAGGUCAUCAUCUCUGAAGCCGAGGAAAAUGCACUUGGCAUGCUGGACAAACCAGAUCUGCUAACAGAGCGCUCUGCAAGCAUGCCGGAAGAGAAAUUCCAAAGGAUCCUAGGCAAGGCAAAUGUGACUCCUCUGAACCAACCUUUUUUCCCUCUGGAAAUGACUACAUACAUCCCAAGCUCAGAGGCGCAUCAGUCACUUCCUAGUUUGAUAGGAGAGCCCAAACAUGAGCCCCAUGGUAGUAACAUUGCUGGUCUUAUAACAGAUCAUGAGAGAAACCUUCAGCGAUGGAGUUUACCAAGCUUCCAUAGUCCUAGUACAGCACCUAGUACAGCUGACAGUGCACCACCUUUAGCAGAUUCCAGGACAACUUCACAACAAAAUACCUUCAGUGAUGGAAACAAUGUUACUUCUGCUGCUGCACCAGAGAUGUUUGAGAUGCAGCACUUAUGGGAAAACAUGGACAGUAAAGAAACAGCCAUAGUAGAAUUUUCUAAUGAGGAAAGUGAAAGAAAACUUUGA